AUGACCUGGGUUCCAAAGGAGGCACCGACUUGUAAAGAUACACAACCUCCACAACUUAGCUGCCCUGAUCGCAUUAAAGAGUUUCGUGCCGCCGAAGGAACUACAACAGCUUUGGUCUCCUGGGAAGAGCCGACUGCUAGUGACAACUCAGGGGAGGAAAUAUUACCUGUGCAGAUAACAAACAUCGCCAACAACUACAGUCUCCCAGCAGGCUACUACGACAUCCAAUAUAAAGCCACUGACAGUGCAGGGCAAUCUUCAUCUUGCAUAUUUGGCAUCAGAGUAAAAGUCGUUUCUUGUAGUCCCAACCAACUGUACCUACCCCUGGGCACCUUUACGUGCGACGACAAUCAGUUUAUUUGGGGCUCGAAAUGCUCCUUUCAGUGCUCAUUGGGGUACAAACUCACAGGGCAGGAGGACACGGUAUGCCAGAACACUGGCAAGUGGAAUACGAGUGGAGUGGCAAAUGGAGACGCCCCUUCUUGUGAUGCUUUACCGUGCCCUGACUAUUCUGUACCAGCAAAUGGCAACGGAAAUUCUGGGUGUACCAAUGCAUCAUUUGGAGAGUUCUGCCACAUCAGCUGUGAUCCUGGUUACGACCUGCAGGGAGUUUCUACAACAAGGUGCAUCGCAUCCGGCGAUGAAGCACAGGAAGGAGAAUGGGACAAUACAAAUUCAACUUGCCUCGUGAGGACAUGCCCAGCAAUGCAUUCUCCAAAAUAUGGGAACUUGACUGGCGAAUGUGAUGGACAGGAGGUUCCGUUUGGAACUCAGUGCCACUUUUCCUGUAAUAAAGGCUAUUGGCUCAAAGGAUCAAGCACAAACAAUUGCUUAGUUAAUGGAAGAUGGGACUAUGCAACACCACACUGCAGAGCGAAAACGUGUCAUGCUAGUGAGCUUCCCACACCGACAAAUGGUGUGAAGAGUGGCUGUCCAAAUGAAGAAGAAUACUUCGGAACAACAUGUGUGCUAUCCUGUCUGACUGGUUAUUUACCAAAGGGAGAUGUUCACGUCACCUGUGAGAACAGCGAUAAUUCAACCGAAGGACAGUGGGACGACGACAAAUUUUCCUCCUGUGAAAUUGUGAAAUGUCCAGCUCCACAGCAGCCAGGAAAUGGCUCAAUCGAAUGGUGUCAGUAUGAUAGUGAUGAAACCGAUCCUGAGACUGAUCAGAAGUACAGCACGGUCUGCAGCAUGACCUGUGACGAAGGUUUUACUGUCACCGGGGGAACACUCAGACGUACCUGCACCGAGAUGGCAACCUGGGAUGGCAGUGAGUUACAAUGUGAAGACGUAACCAGUCCACUACUUUACUGCCCAAAUGACCAAGUGUACUUCACAGAGAAGAUGAGGAUAUCAUACGAUCCGAAUUGGUCAUGGGAACCAGUUAAGGCUACCGACCGUGGACUGACACACUAUGCAACUUUAUCAAAGAUAAAUGCGCAAGUGGUGACUGUAAAACCUCCAACGUUGUCAGAAGGAGUCUACGUACUUGAGUAUGAAGCAGUAGAUGAUGCUGGCCUGACCACCACCUGUACCUUUAAAGUCACUGUCCAAGUGACCAGAUGCCCGGUACUUCUCCCACCAUCUCCACCCUUUGGGCAGCUGGACCUUGUGCUCGGUAAAGUCAGCUGUAGCAGUGCUGUGUAUGGAUCCCAGUGUAGACAGUCCUGUAGAAGUGGGUACCGCCUGACUGACACUGAAGAUACCCUCCUUAACUGCACCAGAAACAGUGACUCAACAACGAUUGGUACUUGGAAAGGAACUGUUGGCAACUGUGAACCAAAUCAAUGUACUAUUCCUGAGGUACCAAACGGCUACGUGUCCGGAUGCUCAGGAAACGUAACGGAGUACAACUCCAUCUGUCAGUUCCAAUGUAACACUGGUCACAAGAGUCCAAGUGGCCAUGUGUCAGUCAACAGUCGCUGCAAAGCAGAUGAAUCUUGGACAGUGCCUUCUUUCGAAUGUGAAGAGGUUUUCUGUAGCGCCUCUUUCUCCUUGACGAACGGACAAGUCAGCCCCUCAGAGUGCGGCAACAGCACAUCCCUUCCUUAUGGCACCCUGUGUAGGUUCUCCUGCAACAAUGGCUUCCUGGUACAAGGGCCUAUCUUCAAGCAGUGCCUUUCUGACGGCACAUGGAGUGAUGUAAGAAACACCAGCUGCAAAGAUCAAGAGGCACCUCAAUUCACAGUAGCCUGUCCACAGUACAUCGAUGCCGGUGCCAGAAGUGGCACAACCGAAGCUAUGGUAUCAUUCAUGGAACCAGUGGCAACUGAUAAUUCUGGAAAUGUAACCAUGCUAAAGAGUCCAGAUAAUCUGGGUCCUGGCAGUAUCUUCCCGGAAGGAACCAGAAGAAUAAUUUACACGGCAAUGGAUGCAACUGGCUUGGCCCGGCAAUGUGUUGUCCACAUUCGUGUCAAUGUACAAAGAUGUCAGCGUCUCCCUGCACCACUGCGAGGGUCUUACGACAGCUGCUCAUUGGACACACCAGUAGGGUCAUCCUGCAGCUUCAAAUGUAACGAGGGCUAUGUACUAAACGGUCCCGUCACCCACACGUGUGAGCUUGAUGAGUUUGGAUCUGCCUACUGGUCAGGGAAUGAAACAACCUGUCAAGCCAUAACAUGUCCAGCGGUCCAGACGAAUGAAGCUGUCAUCAAAUCCGGCUGCUUCUCUGAGCCCCCACAGACUGAGAGAUACGGCACAACCUGUCAGCUGCACUGUCCGUAUGGGUACGGUGGUGUGGGGGAAAGUAAGGCUCGCUGCUUAGCGAACAGUAGCUGGAGUGGAGACCCUGAACAAUUCAGAUGUGAAGAGCGGACGUGUUCGCCACUGAGAGCAUCCGCCGUGUAUCAAACCGUACCUGCCUCUUGCACGUCCGAUCCUUCCUAUCUAGACACCUGUAUUCACACCUGUCAAAAGAGAGGGUACAGACUACAACCUGCUGGCCAUGAAUUUACAACCUGCCUGGGGAAUGGACAAUGGACAAGGGACACUAGCAACCUGACAUGUAUUGACAUUGAGCGACCAAGGUUCAGCUAUUGUCCCCAAGACAUCCGUGUUUAUGCUGACAGAGGAAGCACCGAAACAUUCGUCAACUGGACCCUACCAGUAGCCGAAGACAACUCAGGGGAACCUCCUUCACUUACCUCCAAUAUUUGUCCAUGCGUACUUCCGGUUGGGGAACAUGACGUUGUGUACGUGGCAACAGAUGGCACAGGCAAUCAACAAACAUGCGAGUUUACUGUAAAAGUUACUGUGAGACGAUGCCAGCUGCUCCAGCCUCCCAUCUACGCAUACUUCACCGGAGGAAGCUGUGACAACAGUUAUGGUACCACCUGCGAGGUGGUGUGCUCAACGGGGUACCAGCUGUCGGGAUCGAAGAACGCCACCUGUGAAUUUGACGGGACAGUCAUGUACUGGGAGAGAGAAGCGCAGCCGUAUUGCACAAUUGCAACAUGCAGCGGCCUGACUCCACCAGAAAACGGUGAUCUGUAUCCAUCCUUCUGUACUACUUUGCCAACAUAUGGUACGGCGUGCCAGUACUUCUGCAGGCGUGGGUACGACCUGGACCCGGAUGUUGGAGCAUUGACCUGCACGUCCAGUGGGACUUGGGAUGGUGAUACCACCGCUCCAGAAUGCAAAGACAUGACAUCUCCUCACCUCCUAAGCUGCCCUGGACCACAGAGUGGGGUUCUUGAAGGAACAAACCCCACAGUUACCAUCAGCUGGGAGGUGCCUACUGCCAUAGAUAACGCACCUGGUCAGCUGCGGGUAGAAGUGACUCCAGCAGGGAUAGCACCACCUCACAACUUCAGCCAAGACACCGAAGUCAUCUACACGUUCUACGAUGCGACUAACAACUCUGUGGAGUGCCGUUUUCCGAUUUACAUUCAAGAUGAACUAUUACCGGUUGUCAAGUCCUGUCCGGCCGACAUAGCUCAGACAACAACAAAAGCAAACACACCGAUCAGCUGGGAUCCCCCGGCGUUUGAAGAACUCACACACGACCCCCUUAUCAUCGUCCCAAACCCUGCAGAGUUUUCAAGCUCAACCUAUACCCUAGGUGAACAUUUCGUCACCUACACCGCUACCAAUCCUGACAAUGGGAAGAGUGCUGUUUUUGGCUGUGGGACUGGAAGAUACUAUAACGGAAGCCGGGACGACUGUGCGCGCUGUCCAGUUGGGACUUACCAGGACCAAUUUGGUCAAACUUCGUGCAUCCCCUGUCCUGAAGGCUUCACGACAGUUAGGGAGGAGGCAAGGAACCUCACCAAGUGCUUACCCAUGUGUCCACUGGGACAAUACAGCACAACAGGAGUCGAGCCAUGCAGUCCCUGUCCGAAAAACACCUACCAACCCAUGAAUGGAUCAAAACAAUGCAUCCCCUGUCCAAAUGGCACAAGAACAGUUACCACAGGAGCACAAUCUGUUGACAGUUGUCAUGAGCCCUGCGCUGCUGGAAGCGUUUCACUGACUGGGGUACAACCGUGUCAGCCCUGUGCAAGAGGCAGGUACCAGCCAUCAACUGGAAAGACGACAUGUGUGCCAUGCGAAACUCAUCUGACAACUGUCACAGAAGGAUCAAUCAGUAGUGAUGACUGUAAAGAUCCGUGCAACAAUUUUGUCUGCAGCAAUGGCGGCGCAUGUAUAUUUACAUCUGGCAACACGAGCUGUAACUGCCCGGCUGGGUUUGAGGGAGAAAAAUGUGAGACAAACAUCGAUGACUGCAGCUCUCAACCCUGCCUAAACAAUGCCACCUGCGUGGAUAGAGUCAACAACCACACUUGCAACUGUGCUGAUGGUUUUUCAGGGGCUGAAUGUGCCAUGGACAUCGAUGAAUGCGAGUCAUCCCCAUGCCAAAACAACGGUACAUGUGAAGAUAGAGUCAACGGUUACACCUGCAGAUGCUUCAUGGGAUACGAAGGCCCCCGCUGUGAGGAGGAGACAAACUGGUGUGCCGAAAACCCAUGUAGGAACGGUGGCACCUGUAUCAGUAGUGUCGAAGUUGCAAAUUUCUCCUGCCAGUGUAAUGAUGGGUUCCGUGGUGAUACAUGCGAUACAAACAUUGACGAAUGUCAGUCUCAUCCUUGUCAGAACAAUGGCACGUGCAUUGACUUGGUCAACGGCUUCCAGUGCAGGUGCCACUCAGGUUAUUCUGGACCAGAAUGUCAAACCGACUUGGACCUCUGUGAAGACAACCCUUGCCGCAACAACGGUACCUGUGUAGACCUAGGGUUCGAUUUCAAAUGCGUCUGUGCACAAAAUCGAGGAGGCAAACUUUGCGAAGAUGUAGUAGAUGCUUGCACACGAGAGCCUUGCCAGAAUGGAGGCACAUGCACAGUUUCUGGAGACGGUUUGUACUCCUGCACCUGCGGUCCUGGGUAUGCAGGGUUCCACUGUGAGGACAAUAUUGAUGAGUGUGCAUCACAGCCGUGUUCAAACGGAGGGACUUGUCAUGAUGGACACAAUAGGUUCUCGUGCGAUUGCCACGAUGGCUUCACUGGAACCACGUGUGUGGAUGUCAUCAACAGAUGCACUCCGUCUCCGUGUGCGAACAAUGGAACCUGCACUGUUCGGGAAAACGGGACAAUCAUGUGUGUAUGCCCUGCUGGGUAUGACGGAGAUACUUGUGAUCAACUGCAGAGCAGCUGUGUUAACAAUCAGUGUGCCCAAGGAUCAACCUGUCAAGAGGAGGACUCAUCAUAUUCAUGUGUUUGUCCGCAGGGAUAUACAGGUUUCUUCUGUGACAGCCCAAUUGAUAACUGUGCCAGUGAACCCUGCUUCAACAACGCCAUCUGCGAGAGCACAAACUCAUCCUACACGUGUAUCUGUCCAGAAGGGCUGGAAGGAGAGCACUGCACCAAUGACACAGAUGAGUGUUUCACCUCCCCCUGCCUUAACAACGGCACCUGCAUUAACAGCUUUGGCUCAUAUGAAUGUAUUUGUGACGACGGUUAUGCGGGGCAGACCUGCAAUAUCAACGUAGAUGAAUGUUCUUCCAGACCGUGCCUCAACGGAGGAGCGUGCACAGAUUCAGUUAAUGGUUAUUCAUGCACGUGUGCACAGGGCUAUGAUGGAGAACAUUGCAGUGAAGAAGCCAACGAAUGUCUUAGUAUCCCUUGUCUUCACGGAGCUACUUGUACAGACAUGUUCAACGGCUUCACGUGUCAGUGCUCACCUGGAUGGGAAGGGGACACCUGUGAGAUAAAUAAAGAUGACUGCGCAGAAGCUCCCUGUCAGCACAAUGGUACAUGUGUGGACUUGGUAGAUGACUACCAAUGUGAAUGCCCAGGGAGUUACCGUGGUAAGAACUGCUCCGUUCGCACUGUUUCCUGCACAAGUCGUCCUUGUAACAACAGUGGCACCUGUGUAGAGGAAGAAGAUGGAGGUAUUCACUGCACAUGCACUGAAGGCUGGACAGGGAAGUACUGCCAAGUCAACCAGGAUGAUUGCACACCUAACCCAUGCGGGAAUGGAGGGAACUGCUUGGAUAUGGUGAAUGGAUAUCGCUGUGAGUGUUCGCCCGCGUUUACUGGGAAUAACUGCGAGGAAGAAGUUGACGAAUGCCUUGAACAUGACUGCCUAAACGGUGCCACAUGUGAGGACAGACUGGGACACUACUUCUGCAGGUGUGCAAACGGAUACGAAGGAGCUAGAUGUGAAGAGGAGACCGAUGAAUGUAACCCUAACCCUUGUCAAAACGGAGCAACCUGCACAGACGAGUUGGCCACCUUCCACUGCACCUGCUCAACAGGGUUUCAAGGAGAAUUCUGUGACGAGAACAUUGAUGACUGCGAAACAUCAAGUUGUGAGAAUGGAGGGGUUUGCAUUGAUGGCAUCAAUUCAUUCACAUGCUUGUGUAAAGAUGGCUACAGCGGCCUGAACUGCAGUUUGAAUGUGGAUGAGUGUGCCAGUAGCCCCUGUGGUGACAAUGCGUUGUGUCAUGAUGGCAUUGGUACCUAUAAUUGUAUCUGUAAGCCGGGAUUUACUGGAAGAGAUUGUGAGACAGAGCUUUCUCCAGACUAUGAUCUACAUUUUCCUGGAUCAAGUACAUCAGACUAUUCCAUCUUGACCGAUGGAAUCCGGGACAGUAUGAAAGUGCUAAGGAUGGGAACAUGGGUUCGCAGUUCUGCAACAAGAGGAACCAUCAUUUCUUAUGCAACUCAAAAUGGAAACACCGUCGACAAUGUCUUCUCCAUGAGUAACCCCGGAAAUAUCAUUGUCACUAUUGGAGGUGAAUCGGUCACAACUCACGUGCGGGUGGAUGACUCUGAGUGGCAUCACCUUGCAGUCAAGUGGCUCAACCGAGGUUCUCUGGCUGUAUACAAGGACGGUGAGGAGGUGUUCUCAACAAGAGACGUGCAUCGGGGUUACGUCAUUCUACCAGGAGGAUACAUUGUCCUGGGACAAAUGCAGACUCAAUUAGGAGGAGGAUUCCAGGCUGAGGAUACUUUUUCAGGAGACAUAAGCCAACUUUACAUCUGGGAGCAGGCACUACGCACUGCUGAGCACAAGGAAAUGGCAUCAUCAUGCAGUUAUGCACUGGCUAACAGUAUCAGGGCUUGGCCAGAAUUCAGGUGGUCACUACAAGGGCAAGUUGCUGAGCACGAGCCGAGCCGUUGUGAUGAUUUCAAUGAGUGUGACAGCAGUCCCUGCUCAUCUGGUAGUACCUGCAUUAACCUCCCCGGGUCUUAUGAAUGUCGCUGCCCACCUGGCUUCACUGGACAACAGUGUGAUCAGCCGAUAGACUUCUGUGUGGUCAGCCUCUGUCAAAAUGGAGCCACUUGUCACAGCGGCCAGACCAACUACACUUGCCAGUGUGAUGAGGGAUACUUUGGCACCUUCUGUCAGGAAAAACGUGGUGAUGGCAGAUGGAGUCCGUGGCUGAAUUGGAGCCCAUGUACACAGACCUGCGGUGGUGGCAUGCAUACUCGUCAGCGCUUAUGUAACAACCCUCCCCCAGCAGAAGGUGGGAAGACAUGUGAAGGCCCUUCUAGUCAGGAACAACCUUGCAACACAGACAAGUGCCCAGAGUGUAUUGAACUGACACCAUCAGAGACGGCGAACUUGGAUUGUAACACCAUUAACGCAACGAUCACGUGUACUGCUGCCUGUAAGACUGGAUACGGUUUCACAGAGCAAACCCUGGAGCGGUACACAUGUGGACCUGAAACAGCUUACCUCUGGCCUCACCAGUCAACAGAGAACAUAGAGGGGAAACUGCCAGAAUGCACAGCUGUAACCGUCCCAUCGACUAUAGUUGUGGAUACCUACAAUGGAUACUCAGGGCAAGCCUGCCAAUCUCAGCAGCACAAAGAAGCAAUCGAAAGUCAACUCAGCACUUCAGUUGAAAGAGAAGUCCAGGGUCUCUCCUGCUGGGAAACGGAAGACUGCAGGCUGAAAGAAGUCGUGGCCGUCAACUGUCAAUUAAACCAGCCUUCUCGCCGUAAACGCCAGGAAGACGAUGAAGACAUUGUGUACGUGAGAAUCUCUUACGAAGGAACGAUGGAAGUUGAAGAUGAUGCAGCUAAUGUCAACGACACGGCAUUGUAUACGGAACAGUUGACCAGAAUGGAAGAACUCUUCAAUGCGACUAGAGACUGGAUCAACAGUGACGUUCUCACGGUACAAGUGGAUGGACAGACACACAGCCCUAGCGAGGCAACGCUGCAGUACGGCGUGCGAUAUCUUUGUGAAGAAGGUUCCGUACCUUCCACUACAAUGUGUGCAAAGUGUCCGCCUGGCUCCUUCUGGAUCCAGCAUGCCUGUGUGAAGUGUCCAGUUGGCAGUUAUCAGGAUGUGGAAGGGAUGACAGACUGUGAAGAGUGUCCUCCAGGAAUGACAUCUAAUGAGGAAGGGGCACUGGAUAUCACGAGUUGUUACCGUUAUUCGACACCUGCUCCCAAUGUCACUGCAACAAGGCCCUCAGUAGGAUCACAAGGUUCAAACACCACGCUGGUGGCAGCCCUCACAUCCAGCAUCGUGAUUUUGGUACUCGCCAUAGCUGGAUUUGGUGUCAUUCUGGGGAGGCACAGGCAGAAGGCUAAAAUCGGUUCUACAAACGAAGAGGGGACGUGCCCUACCAGAGACACACUAGGCCGGGCUGGUGUGUAUCAGGUGCCUGAAGGACUUGCACACCUAGAACUGGAAAAUCUUCCUGUUGAAAAUGAAUAUGUCAAGCCCUACAGCAAGCCAGCAAAAGAUCUUUUGCCCCCUAUAAACUUCAAAACAUCAGAGAUGUAAAAGUGUUGUCCAGAUAGAAAACCAAGUGUAUUGUCUUUGAAUUACAUCUCUGUUCAUGAUCAAAUUGACAAUUAACAAAUGGCACCUUGGUAUAGAUGACAGCUGUCAGUUUUCGUGAUUCUUAGUGACUUCAUAUAUUAUACUGCCUUAUCGUGUACACAGUUAUACAGGAUAAUAUUUGUAUAAUUUCGGUGGAUUUGCAUGGUAUGCAGAUAUCAUAAAUUUGAGUGGAUUUGCAUGUAAUACAGUUUCAUA